AUGCCUGCUCAAAUCAUGUCACUCGAAAAAGGGGGCACAGAGUUCCCAGCCAAGCUCACCAAACAGGUCUUUGUUUGUUCCAUCAUUGCAGCCUUUGGUGGUCUCAUGUUCGGCUAUGAUAUUGGCAUUUCAGGGGGAGUGACAUCAAUGGAUGAUUUUUUGUUGAAGUUCUUUCCAACUGUUUAUGUUAAGAAGCACAAUGCAAAAGAGGACAACUACUGCAAGUAUGAUAGCCAGUACCUCCAACUCUUCACCUCUUCUCUAUACCUGGCCGCCAUUGUUUCCAGCUACUUUGCAUCUCUGUCUUGCAAGAAACUAGGCAGGAAACCCACCAUGCAACUUGCCUCACUGUUCUUCUUCAUCGGGGCCAUUUUCAACGUCUCCGCUGUAAACCUACCUAUGUUGAUUGUAGGAAGGAUUUGUCUUGGUGUUGGAGUUGGUUUUGGCAACCAGGCAGUGCCGCUAUUCAUCUCAGAGAUUGCUCCGGCACAAUACAGAGGAGGCCUUAACAUUUGCUUUCAGUUGCUGAUCACAAUAGGCAUUUUGUUCGCGGGUGUGGUUAAUUAUUUCACUUCCCACUUGCACGCAUGGGGUUGGAGGGUUUCCCUGGGUGGAGCAGCAAUUCCCGCCAUUUUUCUUGGAUUAGGCUCCCUGAUAAUCGUAGAGACCCCCACCAGCCUAAUAGAGCGCGACAGGAAGGAGGAAGGCAUGGAGACUCUCAGAAAGAUUAGGGGAGUAAGUGAUGUUAGCAAAGAGUAUGAAGAAAUCAUACAUGCCACGGAGUUGGCCAAACAGAUUAAGCACCCUUUCCGGAACCUCAUGAAACGCUCUAGUAGGCCUCAACUCGUUUGUGGGACGAUUCUUCAAGUUUUUCAGCAGUUCACUGGCAUCAAUGUGAUCAUGUUCUACGCUCCGGUCCUCUUUCAGACAAUGGGGUUCGAGGGAGAUGCGUCUCUACUAUCAGCUGUGGUCACUGGUGGUGUUAAUGUACUAUGCACAUUGGUUGCAAAUUUUUGUGUUGAUAGACUUGGAAGAAAAAUUUUGCUUAUUGAAGCUGCUGUUCAGAUGCUCAUUGCUCAGUCUGUUAUGGGAGGAAUUCUUGCAGCGCAUUUGAAAGCUACAAACACGAUGCCAUCAACAUAUGCAACACUUGUGCUUGUCUUGAUAUGCAUUUUUGUGGGUGGUUUUGCAUGGUCAUGGGGUCCCUUGGGGUGGUUGAUUCCGAGUGAAAUAUACCCACUGGAGACUCGAACUGCCGGAUUUUUCUUUGCAGUGAGCACCAACAUGGUCUUCACCUUCAUCAUUGCUCAAGCAUUCCUCACCAUGCUAUGCCAUCUGCGAUCCGGGACCUUCUUCUUCUUCGCUGUUUGGAUUGUUAUAAUGGGCGCUUACGCAAUUUUCUUGCUGCCAGAAACAAAGGGAGUCCCUAUUGACGAAAUGAAUGAAAGAGUAUGGAAGAAGCACUGGUUUUGGAAGAGGUUUUAUAGUGAUGAGAAAGCUAGUUGCUGA